AUGACGCAGGCAGGCUCAGCCACGGGGCAGUUGGAGGUGUCGGGUCACCUCUGCUCAUUCCCCAGCGUUCAGCCCUUCCUGCCAGCCUGUCAGGACACUGGGCCCCUCUGCAGGGGCCAUUUGUGGGGUCGAAGCCCCGGCCCAGCCCAGGCCAGCAGGGGGAGGGGGGAGUGGGAGGCGUCCGGAGGCCUGGCCCGAGGGCUGGAGCCACCUUCCACAGACCUCCUGCUCUGGGCAGCUCGGGGGGCUGGGAGGCCUGGAGGGCCACCCACUCCCCUGCGCUGGUCGCAACUUUGGCCGACCCCGGGGCUAGGGCGCAACUCCUACCCACGUAUUCCCACCCAGCAGCUGGCGGCCCGGACUGCGCUGGGGCGCAGGGUCACCGCUAGGGCUCGGUGGCGGCGGCCGCCCCAGCAGCGCGCCCUCGGGGCGUCCUCUCCACCGCGUCUCGCUUGCUUUCCUUGCCAAGGCCCUGGUGACUCAGACGCCGCCAACCCCACGAGCUCCCUUCUCCAGCGCUCGGCUCCGGCCGGGCGGGGAGACAGGGAGGCGUGCGCAGUGCUCCAGGCCUCACAGCCGGGCACCCAGGCACCGCCGCGCAUCCAGGCACCGCCGGGCCCCCAGGCACCGCCGGGCCGGACCGCAGCCCACCACCUUCCCGGGGCCAACCGGGGGCGACGCGUGUUGCCCAACGGGACCAGCGCCUCACCGGGCCGCCGGGGGACCAGCCACGCGCCCUCGCUCGCGGCGGAGCGCAGGGCCGAGGCUGCGACGCCGGGCAGCCAGCCCCGCACCAUUGACAGCCCGGGCACGUCCGCGGAGCCCGGGGGGACGAUCAACGGACUCUCCGUCCCGGGAGCUGGGGACACGCCUGUAAGAGCGCAGUGUCCCAGUCGGCUAAAUGGGCUUGUCUUCUGCCAGGAGGGACACACUCCUGCAGGACAGAACGAAUGUUGGCUCUCCCAGGAAGCUCUUCGUCAAAACAUCCCUUGCCCUUUUGUUUUUGUUUUUGAAUUAAAAGAUGUGUUUGCUUUCCUCUCAGUGUUCAUCCCGUUAUUUUGUAGCUACAACAAUGAAAUGUGGAAAACAGUUAUUCUUUUUUGUCCUCUGUAA